AUGCCCUCACAACGUCCCUUCUUCCUCUCCUCCUUCUUCAACUCCUUCCGCCAGCAAGCGCCCUCCCUCACCCAGCAGGCCACCAAACACACCUCUCAAGCUGCUGCAUCUGCAUCUGCCGUCGCCUCCACAACAGCCGCAGCAGCAGCAGCUUCUUCAACCGCCUCCACCGCCCGCGCAAUCUCCACAAACGCUGCUACGACAUCAUCCACCAACGUCGCCAUCCACACGCCGCGCGGAUCUCCCGGCGGCGCCAUCCCCAUUCCCGGCGGGCGCAGAAGAGGCAGCGAUAGCAGUAGUGAAGGCUUUCGCGAUGCCCUCGGCGCUGACAAGUGGUAUAUCGGCGGCAGGACGGCAGCUGGAGAGGAAAAGUUCUUCAAGCUUGGCGUGAUUCGCCGAGUAAGGAGUAAUGAUGGCCUAAGUCUCGAUCGCCUAAGUUUAUAG